UGCUCGGGGAUACAGGUGUAGGUAAAUCAAGUAUUGUGUGGCGGUUCGUGGAAGACAGUUUUGAUCCGAACAUCAACCCAACAAUAGGGGCAUCUUUUAUGACCAAGACCGUGCAGUACCAGAAUGAGCUACAUAAAUUCCUAAUCUGGGAUACAGCUGGACAGGAACGAUUUCGUGCCUUAGCGCCAAUGUACUAUCGCGGCUCGGCUGCAGCUAUAAUUGUUUAUGAUAUCACAAAAGAAGAGACAUUUUCAACAUUAAAGAAUUGGGUAAAAGAGCUUCGACAGCACGGCCCACCCAAUAUUGUAGUUGCCAUUGCAGGAAAUAAGUGUGAUCUUAUCGACGUAAGAGAAGUCAUGGAGAGAGAUGCUAAGGACUACGCCGACUCCAUCCAUGCAAUUUUUGUAGAGACCAGCGCAAAAAACGCGAUAAACAUAAACGAACUCUUUAUAGAAAUUAGUCGAAGAAUUCCAUCCACUGACGCCAACCCGCCUUCCGGUGGAAAGGGCUUCAAACUCCGAAGACAGCCUUCGGAGCCGAAACGGAGCUGCUGCUGACUGAGCCUCGGCCUCCAGGCUCAAUGGUGAAGUAGGUGGUCCUGAAAGUUAGCGGGAGGGGCUGGAGCCCUGUCGCCAGGGGCGCCUCGCCGGUCCUGUAUCUUCUGCUGGCAACAAGGAUUCACAGGAAUUGACCGGUUCUGUUUCCUCUUUGGAGACUGCAGCAAUAAUAUUUCAGUCUGCGGACUUCUCUUCUGUAAAGCGUCUCUGGUGUACAAAGGGACUACAUCAUAGGCUGUUGACCUUGCUGAGAAGGAGUGUAUAAUUGUAUGGAUGGUAGGAUUAAAUUGUUGAGUAGUUUUGUAAUCAAGAUUUUAUGUAACAUUUGUAAAGGGAAAAUUAGCACUUUUGUGGUUCUUAAGGGAAGAAAAAGCCCUUGUGGAGAUUAUCGUUUCCUUGGUUUCCCAUUGAUACCAAUGAUACCAUUUGGUACCAAUGAUACCAUUUCCUUGGUGUCAUUUAGAAUGUGGUCAGUUAUCAUAAAUGGAGGGAUGGCAGUUAUUAUUAUUUGAAGCCAAAAUGGGUUAUUUAUAAGGGCUGAUGGAGAUGGUUUCACCCCUGCCGUCUCUAAAGCACUUUCCAUUGGGUACAUCAGCCCAGGACAUGCACAGUAAACUCACAGCAGCAGGUGCAUGCCUCACCCUGGUUUUGCAUCCUGACCCUGUCACGUGCGUGUCACCAGGCACAUUAUUGGCACCUUUUUAAGGAAGCUGUCACGAUCAAGGUGGUGGUGGUAGAGAAGCUGCCUGGAAUAAAUUGAACUGCAGAUGAUUAAACUGACUAGCAGCGGUUUACAAAGAGAAGAAGAGAGAAAGUAAAGAAAGUGGUGUAAAUGCUGUCAAUUUUUUAUUUAACCGAGAUAUUUUGGUGGGGGAGACAAUGAUCUGUUGCUUAGCAUAUGUAAAGUUGUAGUCUAUAUUUA